ACAUAUUGAUUCCAAAAAUUUAACAACAAAUUAAUCGAAAAAUAGGUUAUGUUAUGACAGCUGAUAAUCAGUGAGAAAAGUAAGCAUACAUUUGUAAAAAAUAAACCCGCGAAUUUUUAUAAAUAAAUUCUGAAACGUAUAUUAUUGCAUCUUCCAAAUAUAUGAGAAAAUUUUCGCGCCAAUUUUUUCGGAAAAGUGUGCGAAAUGGAGUAAAUAACAGGUGCAAACUCCCGCGUUUUGUGGGCGUAGACAGGAGACUCUCAGUGCAAUCAUUUAUUUCUUAAUUUUGUUCUAAACCAUCUGCAGGGACUAAGAAAACAGCAGAUAUGGUUCUUUCCGAAUCUAGAGACGAUGAAUUAUAUAAAAUCCAUGUAGAUUUAUGCGCUAAACUUAAUUUGGACUCUAACAUAGUCUCAACUUCAUGGGAGACUUUUGAGAGCAUUAAGAAGAAAUGUAUUUUAGAGGGAGACAAAUUGCAAUGGCUGGGAUGUUCAAUAUAUGUAGCCUCACGAGAGGUAGAAACGCCCACAGUGGAUACUUCUGGGGUGGUAAAAGGAAUGGGAAUAAACCUCACAACAUUACUAAGAUACAGCAAUUUAAGUUUUUCACAAUUCUUCACAAAUAUUACACGAUGGGCUGAAAUGGCUCAACUACCUGAUGAUUUUCGAAAUAAAGUUUCCAAUUUACGAAGCAAGUUUAGUAUAGCGUAUAAUACUUUUAAAAAGUUUCACAAGCUAUUCACGGAAAUUUUUGUAUCGCCUGUUCCCAAUUCUAUAGAUAUGGAGGCUUCGAAACAUAGAAAUAGGAAAAACAGAUCUAUUCCGUGUACAUCUUUCAAAAUCUUUGAAUUUAUUUGGAACCUGUAUAUUACAUUGAAAGCAGAAGAACCUUCUUGUAGUACGGAAUUGAUAAAAUCACAUCACCUUUUAUACUGUUGUAUAGACUUGGCUUUUAAAAAUAUAGUUGCAUCGGAACGUAGAGACUUACUAAAUACAGCAGUCACAGAAGAACUUUUAACCCAUUCUAUUGAUAACAGAGCUCUAAGCGAAGUGCCUUGUUUAAUAAAGCAUUUUUGUAAUGACUCGGUAAUGAAGGACGCAUUGCACAUGAAAGUCUAUACUUUUAAACAGCUUGUGAAUAAGUCGAUAGACAAUGGAAUGCUUCUAGCGGAUGACGGUGAUUUUACGGGUAUAUUUGAUCAGGAGAAUUUCGAUCAGAAUUUUAGAAAUGUCACAAAGACAUACGAGACCUAUUUGUUAAGUCAGGGAGAUUUUGAUGAAAGGAUCUUUCUAGCUGAGCACAAAAGGCUUAUAUCAGAGAAGGAACUGAUUUCUACAUUUUCAAUGAAAAAUCUUCCCAGGUGUGACUCAGGUGAGGCAUCAAUUCCAGAGUCGCCAAGAAAUUCUUCAGGACCUGUUACACCUGGAACUCCUCUAACUGGUAGAAAAUAUUUAGGGCCUAGGGAAAGCAACACUGAUAUAUCUUCAACCGAUAAAGUGCCAAAACUACAAGCCCUAAUAACUGACAGAUCACCUGCACCAAGCGAAAAUUUAACCCGUCUUUUUGAGUCCUUUGAAAAGAAUCCUGCUGAAAAAAUUGAAAGUGUUAUUUCAAGAAUCAGGGACAAAUUCGUUGAAGGAUAUUUGACAGUGCAUGUGUCAAAAGAGGACGCUCAAAGCAAAUUUGAUUUUGCUGUUACAUUAUUCUACAAAUAUAUAGAACUUAUAAUCAAUAGGGAACGUAAUAUUUCUGCAGACAUAGCGAUGGUUAUUGAAAAAGAUAUAUUUUAUGAAUGCACAUUGGCCGGUUGCCUAGAAAUGGUUUUGUACUGUCACAAUUUCGCCAAACCCUUUCCAUGGAUAUUAAAAGUGUUGAAAAUUGAAGCAAUACAAUUUGUAAAAAUUAUAGAGCUAAUUGUUAGGUGUAAGGAUAAUUUAUUUAGAGACCUGAUUAAGCAUUUGAACAGGAUAGAGGAAACUGUAAUUGAGUCUCUGGCUUGGGCAUCUGACAGUCCUAUUUGGCAAGCGAUUGAAAAAUCUGGCCAGCCGAUACCAAAAUUUGAAGAUAUAGCAUUACCGGGACAACUUCUUUAUAAUGAUAUAUCUAAUGACCAAGAGCCUCUUUCCCCUGGUGUAGUAUCAGCAACUGACUGUUUCCAAUCACCAAUGAACCAGAUAGCAAAGAAUCUAUUUCCAUCAGGUGGACAGUCGAUUUUGCAAAAGCCUACACAUUUUUUUCUUCCAGGAAGAGAUGGAAACGUCAAGGUAAUUCAACUGGUAGACACUGAGAAAAAGCCUAUCGAUCAGAAUAGCAGUCCAGAAGCAAGACCAGAUCCCCAAGCUGCUUCGUUGCCACGUAGAACGGGCAGUAUAGCAAUUAUAUUUAGAAAGUUUUAUAACCUUGCAAGUAUGCGAAUGGAACUUUUAUACUCCAAAUUACGUUUCACUGAUUUCGAUUUGAAGAGAAAGAUGUGGACGAUUUUCGAAGAUUCCAUCCGACACACGGAUCUAAUCAAGGACCGACACUUGGACCAGUUGCUCAUGUGUGCCAUCUACGUCAUCUCUAAAGCGUGCAACGUGAACAGAAUUCCAAACUUGUUCUCUCUCAUCAUGAAGCACUAUAGAGAUCAACCUCAAGCCUCCAGUGCCGUGUAUAGGGACGUUUUAAUUGAAAAAGAAACCAACAAUGAUCCACACAUUGAAAAAAGAGGAGAUUUGAUAAACUUUUAUAAUACGGUUUAUGUGAAUGUGAUGCAGGAGUACGCCAUUCGAUUUCAGCCUAAUAAUGCAAAUAAUAACAUCAUAUUGAGUCCGCUUCCCGCCAGUAGAAAACACUUAAACUCUCCAAAUAUGCAAGUUUUGGGAAACGUUUUUGUAAGACCUUUGGAUAUAGUAACACCACCGGCAAGUACCAGCUUUAGUUACAACUUCAGUCGCAGUCCAUCCAAAGACCUGCAAAUUAUCAAUAGAGCUAUCAACAACAAUGGAGUACAAGGCAAAAGAUUGCUGACUGACGAUGAUAACGAAACGACGCCUUCAAAUAAAAGAAUAUCAAACAGAAAAAUUCAGUCUUUGGUAGAAGAUAGGCUUAGGCAAAAUACUGAAUAAAAUCUAGUGCUUUUAAAGGUAUUUGGUAUCCUAAUUUACCUAAUUUAAAGUUUUUUUUUAUAUUUUAACAUGUAAUUUUUCCAUAAAAUUAUUUUAUCA